AUGGUUGUAGCGAAACAGGACCAGCAAGAGAGAGUCCUCGUAUUCUUUAGGAGACUUCCCGGCGUCGUCGUCGACUACGUCUCGACCACUUCGCUGGAUGCUGCGAGGCGCUCCAACGCCUUGAAGGCGGAAAUUGUCAUGCUGAGGAACACCUUCGAGAACCUUCAGAGGACGGUACACAGGAAGGAUGUGUUUUCCUCUGCCCAAGCGGACGUGAUCAGGACGGAGCGGGCCAAGUCCGAGGCGGACCGUAACUUGGCGGGUGCUCAGAUGCAGUACUUGCGUGAGGAGGCGGGGGCGCUCCGAGCCACGAUCGACUACGUCGAAGAAUCUGCCGCCUCCGACCGCGAGACGUGGGCGAGGACCGAGGGCGACCUCGUCGAAAAGCUGGACACCGCCGAGGGCGCCAUCGCCGCCCUCACAGAGACCGUCGCCGAGCAGCAGCUGGCGGCCCAGAGAGAGUCGGAGCGAUCGCAGCUCGCCCUCCGCCUGGUCGUGGGUGAGCUCGAUGUUUCGCAGCAAGAAGCGGCCAUGUCUCGAGCAUCCACGCUGGCCGUUCGGGAGGAGCUGGAGUCCUGGGAGCAAGAUCUAUCCGACACCGACAGCGCGUCCGUCGAUGUCUCGCUCUUCGCGGCCGAGAGGACGAACGAGGGACACUUCCUCGAGCCCGUGACUUGCCCCGCUGUGGACGUAGCGAAGCUGGGCGUUAACGACCGCUCGGCGUCCCACGAAGCGGCUGAGAGGACGUGGUGCCAGGUCGAUGAGUCCAAAGCUCGGCACCGUGAGAUGGAGCUCCAGUGCCUUCUGGACGUGGGCAACGACAUGAGGAACGAGCUGGAGGACGACCUGACCUUGUGUCGGAGCAAUGUGGACGAGGCUCGCGCAAUCACUGAGUCCUACGGUGCCGACAUCGAGGACCUGGACUCCCGUGCUCUCGCGGUCGCCCUCGCUCUGGCCAACAACGUGUCUGAGAAGGCGUUGGUCAUCGACAGCCUGGCCCACGUUGCUCAGGGAGCGGUGCUCCGUGUCACGCCGGCUUUUGACAGCGAAGACCGCUGGGGCUCGCUCGCAGGCUAUCCAAUGGUCCGAUCGCACUUGGAGGCCGUGCAGCGACUGGUGUUGACGACCUCGUCUACCCUCGUGGAAGAGGUAUCGAGAUGCGAGGCUGCGAAGGCAGAGGCGGCGGGUCGUGAGGCCGAGACCGAAGAGAGGGUGAACUGGGUCAAGGAUGACCUUAUUGCCUGCUACAGCGAUGUGAGCAUCCGCUAA